UACACCUACAUGCAAAAUAUUUGGAGGAAAUACCUGCAUUUUUUUUAUUGUGAGUGAAGCUUCACAUGCAGGCUAUACUUUGCAUGUACAACUGUAUAUACACCUAUCACUUUAACUAUAUUAUUGUCCAGACUUUUUGUCAGGAGUGAAUAUUCAUUACUUAAUCAGUCAUCAAGCUUGUUGUGACUGAACCUGUACAACUAGUGAUGCAUUUCAUACUCUACAAGAAGCAGCUGCCAGAAAUGAUAUGGUAUAUAUAACAUUAUCUGUACAUCUCAUAAAUGUGUAAUGGCUAAAGGUAUGUGUAGUACUGUAUGUGCAUAGCAUUUUCACUAAGUACCCUUUAAAUAGUUGAAAAGCCCCCAGGUGGUAGACUGACUACUCUUGCAUCCAUUCACUAAGGAUAACUAUCUAAUAAUUGAUGAGGAACGCCAUGGUAUUUCACUGCUUAUCGCCUCAUUGGCUACCAUCAAUAUGUCUGGAGGCAGUUGGUGAAUUAUUGAGGGUUAAUGUCCUGUCCGUUUCAUUUCAAAACACCAUCUUAACAUCUAAGGUGUCCCAUGGUAAUGGUAACCAUUUUUGGCCCCAGAAAUACAGGGUUGUAAAAGAAAAAUAACGAAUAAGGAAUAUGACCUUGUAUUUUAGAAGGUUUUACUUGCAAUGUUUGAAAACAAAAAUCAGUUUGAAAACGAUGUCAUUUUGCUAGUAUUCUAGCAUUUGUUCACAGUGACAGUCGUAUUAGAAACAGAAGGUGCGGUGUCUCUUCCAGGGAACCGAUCUACCAAAUAUUUCCAAAUCAAUCUUUUCUUUCUUUAUUUUGAGUUAUUAUUUGGUGGCUGGUUAUGUUGAGUGCGGCUGGUUUAUCUUUGAAGUAGUAGUACUACUCAUCUUUUAGGCCUUGACAUUCACAGUCAGCACCCGCACUCUCAUAUCACAUCUUGACCUUGUCCUCUAUAUUCAAGUGUGCUUAUGCCACUGCAUUAUCUAUUAUGUUGCCUAUGCCAUGGCCGUGCUCCAUAUGUACAUAUGCAUGUCCUCUAGUCCGUCACGUCCUGUUUGUCUGCUGUCAUCUCUCAGGAGACCAGGCCCCGGCGCCACUGCGCGGGAGAGAGGACUGUAGAGUUGUCCUCUUUAGGAAGUGACCUUUACGAAGCGUGCGGUGGCGGAUGUUGUUGUGAUGCGGCAGCUGACACACACCUCCAUCUUCCUGCCGCAGCCCCCCGCGGCCCCUCUCUCCUGCUUGCCGAAAGCCAGCUUUUGUCACUCUCAGUUCGCGCAUCGCAUCAGUCUAUGAUUUAUUAAUAUGUCAGCAGUAUAGGGAUUAGGAUGUCUCCCUCUCCGCCUUUCCUUUUGUUUUUGUUCUGUUUUUGUAUUUCUGAAGUAUUGUUCCCUUUAGAAAAUGAUGUGUUCGUCUUAGUUUUUAAAAAUGUUAUGCUUGCCGUGGUUUAUUUUUUUUGUGGUAAAAUUACCAUUCACUGUCAUACAUACGAAACAAAGAUAUUAUAUGUCUAAUUGCUUGACAUGAAUGUAUUAUAUGCAUCAGUGGAAAAGAACAUCUUAUCCCCCAGCUGAUCUGACCCCUGCAAUCUGUAAGGCAUUCGUAAGGUCCAGAUACGUCCCCUGUGAGUCUGUGGAGACCAUCUCACCGCUGGCUCACCUCACCGCCUGGGGUGUGACUCUGGUGUUCUCUCCCCGAUGACCCCCGUGUGGUGUCCACUCUGAUCCAGGGUAAGAGAGAGAGAGAGAGAGAGUGAAAGAGAGAGAGAGCAAGAGAGAGAGAGAGCAAGAGAGAGAGAGAGAGCAAGAGAGAGAGAGCAAGAUAGUGCCCCGGCGAAUUCCCCCAUGUCCUACACUCGUCCUCAGCUUGCCUGCUGCCAGCUUACAACCCCCCCAGCUCCAGGUCCAGCUACCAGCACCCGUUCCCCAGAUCGAUGUUUCCUUGCAGCCCUGUCCCAGCUCAGGUAGGGGGCGCGUGGAGUGAUGUUUUUUUUUUUUUUUUCUGAAUGGGAGGGGGUCGAUGGCCCCUCGUGACCCUCUCAUCACUUGCCUUCUCCCCACAGUGCAGGUAGAAGCAAGGCCUGCUGGGAAACAAUCAACACAUUUACCUCGGAUCCUAACAAUUCCAGGGAGGUCGAUACUCCAUGCCGAUGUGUCGGGAAUGGCAGAGAGGGCUGGGAUCCGCAGGCGUCCACAGGAGCCAAUGAUUACUGGGCAGUUGAGCAAGCCGCUGCUCUCCCUGCGCGGCGACAUGGACGCCUCCGAGCUCCACGCGGACGACAAGCCGGGCAGCCCCGACAGCGACCUGACCGACGAGCCCCUGCUCCUGUCCGCUGACAACGACGCAGACGAGAAGCUCUACGGUGUCCGCGGGGGCUCUGCCCUGUCUGAUGCCAGCAGCAGUCCCUCUGAGCAGAGUCAGCUGGGCCAGACUCACCCAGCCUAUCCCCUUGGACCACAGAGUCUCCUGGUGGCCCAGCAGCUGGCGUCUGCCGUGAGCGGGGUGAUGUCCGGGGGCGCGCCGGGCCUCAACCAGCCUAUCCUCAUCCCCUUCAACGCGGGCGGGCACCUGGGCGGGCAGCAGGGCCUGGUCCUCUCCCUGCCCACCGCCAACAUCCAGGGGCUGGUGGCCGCGGCCGCGGCCGGAGGCCUCAUGACCCUGCCCUUACAGAAUCUGCAAGCUACCUCUUCCCUGAGCUCACAGCUCCAGCACCUGCAGCAGCUUCAGCAGCUUCAGCAGCAUCACCACCAGCAGCAGCAGCAACACCUUCAACAACAACAACAACAGCAACAACAGCAACAGCAGCAGCAACAGCAACAGCAGCAGUCACAGCACUGCACCCAGUCCCACCUCCAGGGAGCCAAUCACAUGGCGCCUCACCACCCGCUGAGCCCUGCCAGCCAACAGCAGUCCUCCUCUGGCUCCAUCUCCUCGGCUUCCUCCAAUCACAGCUCGGCACAGGCCCCACAGUCUCCGCCCCACAGGCAACAAAACCAGUCGCCAGCGCGCAGCCUGCCCUCCCCGGUGACCCCUCCCAUGCCACUUACGGUGAGCCCACGACUUUAUCUGUAUGUCUCCCGUAUAGGUAGUACAGUAUGGCGUUUUCUAACCCAGUUCUCCGUUGUUCUCCCACAGCUCAACCCUCUGGCCAGCCAGGCGGCUGUGGCAGCAGCAGCGGCUAUGAGCUCCAUUGCUGGGUCCCAGGUGUUUGGGAACGCGCUCUCCAGCCUGCAGGGCGUCACGGGCCAGCUGGUCACCAAUGCCCAAGGACAGAUAAUUGGAACAAUCCCAUUGAUGCCUAACUCGGCAGGAACUGCUAACCAAUCAGGGGGAGGGAAUCCUGCUCUACAGGUCCAGCCAAUCACACCUCAGCUGCUGACCAAUGCCCAAGGCCAGAUCAUCGCCACGGUGAUCGGCAACCAGAUCCUGCCAGUCAUCAACACCCAGGGAAUCACGCUGUCUCCAAUCAAGCCUGGACAGCAGCUGCCUCAGGCCCAGUCGGCUCAGUCGGGGCCUCCAUCCUCCCAGGCCAACCUGCUGCGUCUCCCUCACAGCCAGAGCCCCCUCCGCCAGGCCUCUUCAUCCUCCUCCACCUCCUCCUCCUCCUCCUCCCUCAGCGUGGGACAGCUGGUCAGCAACCCCCAAACUGCCCCCAGCGAGGUGGAUGGUGUCAACCUGGAGGAGAUCCGGGAAUUUGCCAAAGCGUUCAAGAUCCGCCGAUUGUCUCUGGGGCUGACUCAAACUCAGGUGGGCCAGGCCCUCAGCGCCACAGAGGGACCUGCCUACAGCCAGUCUGCCAUCUGCAGCUGGACCGGGAAGCCCCACCAGGUAACAGAGACGGGCAGGAUGGCUCUGGCUGAGGCAGGGCACCGGAGUAAGAUUCUUCUCUCUCAAUUCUCCCCUAGACACACCAUCCUGAGAGGCCACUUUUACCUACCACAGGAAGCCCAAGAGAACACUAUAGCUAGCAGUUUGACAGGCAAACUGAACCCUGGCCUUUUAUAUCCUGCCAGGUUUGAGAAGUUGGACAUCACUCCAAAAAGCGCCCAGAAGAUUAAGCCCGUUCUGGAGCGCUGGAUGGCCGAGGCCGAGGCCCGGCACCGAUCCGGCAUGCAGAACCUGACCGAGUUUAUCGGCAGCGAGCCGUCAAAAAAGCGCAAGCGGCGGACCUCGUUCACCCCUCAGGCCCUGGAGAUCCUCAACAGCCACUUCGAGAAAAACACGCACCCGUCCGGCCAGGAGAUGACGGAAAUCGCUGAGAAACUGAACUAUGACCGCGAGGUGGUCCGCGUCUGGUUCUGCAACAAGAGGCAAGCGCUGAAGAACACAAUAAAGAGGCUGAAGCCCGAGAUCGGCCCAGGAGCUCCCAUGGACCCUCUGGGAGAUUCCUUGGAGGAGCACCCCUAACUGAACGCACCAAAACAAGACGGGCAAUUGGCAUAAAACUUUAACAUGCUCACCACAAAGGGACAACCCACCCCCUAAACAAGCAAACACUGGGGGCAAAGAGAAAGGACAAAGCCCUCUGGAUGUUUGCCUACUUUUGGUACCAUCUGUAUGGAUUGUAAACAAAGGUGUCUGAGCAGAAAUACAUAUUGUCAGUGUAGUCACCACAGCUAUAUAAAAGGACCUUAGCGAAAAACCAAAAACGAUCUUGUAUCUGCAGCAAUGUUCAGUGUUCAUGAGAGGACAGGGGGUUGAUGACAUUUGAGAAAUUAGGGAGGCUUUAGUUCAUAGGUCACAGUGGAGUCAUGGACAACAACAACAAAACUAACUACUUACCAAAGUCUGUUGCAUCUGGAUACAGAGAUUUUUUCUAGUGUAAAUGUGUUCUAAAUUUUUACCUUUGUAUGCCGUCAAAAAAUCUAAGAUAUAUGUGUGGGGUUGGGUAAAACAUUUUAUCUUUGUCUCACUUUACCACUUGGGUUUAUAUGUAAAUAUCUAUGAUAAUCUGUCUUCAAUUCAAAAUCACAAAAAAAAAAAAAAAUCUAAAUUGUCUUUGAAUCUUUCUUUUUUUUGUCUUGAAAAUCCAUUUCUGCUAUCUGCCAUUAUUAGCUUGUUCUUUUUGUUUUCUCCAAAGCUGUUGUACUGUCAUGGCAAUUUUUCAGGUAUAUACUGUUCUAUUGUUAUGUUAUGUGUGAGAUGACUUGCAGACCUGAGGUGGUCCACGCUGCACAGAUAUUGCCAAUAGACAUACUGAGGGGCACUUCAACUCUCCACUUACUGCAGCUGUUUGAAACAGACAUUUUAUUGCCAAAGCCUGAUAGCCAAAGAACACUAUUUUGCUGCCCAAGAAUAAGGAAGUUAAGGAGUGUUACCUUGGCCAAAUCAUCAGGGUGACCUUUUUUUUUCAUUUUAUGCACUGCUCUUUUAACAGCUGGUGUGAUCAUAGCUUCUAUUAAUACGGAAAGUCACUGAGCUUCUUGGCAAAUCUGGUUUACUGUUCAUUCUAGGACAGGUAGACGGGGGUAGACCUGAGGUAAGAAAAUGACCGUCAUGGUUUGCAAAAUUCCCUUUCCAAUAACAGUUAGGAGACAAUAACUGUACCACCGGAUUAUUGCUUUGGGCAGCAAAAUUGACAGGGUUGUAGUGGCUGUUUCAUGUUUUUUUCUAAAUCAUAGACAGAAAAUCUAAACUGUAAAUCUUAGGUCACCUGUAGUGUGUCAUCCUAUACUGCCAUACGUAUAUUGUUGAUAUUGCUUUUGCAGUAUCACAGAAAAUAACACCAAAUAAAUAAAGCGUUGGUCUCUCCAUCAUGAGUUUUCAAGCUAUUUUACAAUGGGUGUAUACUACUGGCUAUUGUACAUCACAGCAGGGUUGAAACGUAGUCAACAUUACUGUAAAUGUAUUUAUUUAUUUAUUUUUGUGUUAAUUUAUUUUGUUUGCUUGUUAGCCAUGCUUCAUUGUAUGAUCAAGAACAGGGUAUAGAUAAAAUGUUGAUCUCAUCUAUGUAACACUGCUGAAACACUUCACUGUUUGUGUGAAACAUGUUCCUUUUUAUCCACAAAAGGUAUAUUGAUCUCACUGUAGGUACAGACAGAUUUGGCUGUCAUCCCAUCUCUGACUGAGUACAGGACAGUGAAUGCCCUUAUAUACUUGCUCACAUGUGCAAAUCGAAUUAAAUAAAGAGGUGACCAUUUUCAUUGUAGUGAUUCUGCUUUAGUUUACAUCCGAGAGGCAUAAUCAAACAGGUGGAACAAAGGUUAUAGAUGGUUCUGUGAUGAUCAUAGACCAAGUGUGUGCAUAGUAUAUGGACUUUGAUGUAUCCCAGAUAAUCUGUCCUCUUGGAGGCAUAAGGCUAAAGUUACUUUACUUUUAAUAUUUUUUAUUUACAAAGUUGAGUUAAAUUCGUCUGAAGACUCCUGACUGUGGAUACAUAUGUUUCUGCUACAAAGGUGUAUUUAAAUUCUCUUUAAAAGUUGAAAUCAGUGUUCAAAGAGGGAUCACCGUUUCAGGAAUUUGCAAGGCAUUUAGUCUGACUACUUGUGUAAUAGAUGUGGCUUUGUUAACACUACCUAACUUCUUUCUGACAUACACACAACAAAGCCCCUCUUUCACGUUAUCUUUAUUUCUUGCAUUUCCCCUAUAAAAAAAACGUCUGCUUGCCCAGUAUCACACAAACUCAAAGAAAUCUCUGCUCCUAUUUUCAUUCACAUCUUUCGCAACCUUCACACAGAACCACGUGCUGAGUAAAGCUGGGUGCAGACUCACAUUUGUAUGGGCAGGUACAACGGCUUAGCAAAAUAAGCUUGAACCAAAAAAGAGGGAAAUAAACACAAAGACGUAAGUUCUGCCUUUGCUCAUGUUGUCAAUGCUGGACCAAAGCUCAAUAGUUAUAUGCACAUUGUACAGAGAAAUGGCUUAACGUGUUGCUGACAAUCUUGAAUUAUGAAACUGUUGAAAAAGAUGUUUGAAAAGUAUAUCAUGGAAACGUUACCUCAGCACUGUCCCAGUACAUAGCCAGAUAUGCUGUGGGAACACCCCUUUUAGGAUGAACUAGAAAAGAAGAAAACAAACAAGCUAAACUCCUGUAUAUGUUUGUAAGUAGUCUUCACGUGUCAUUGGGAUUUUUUUUUUCUGUUGAGAACAUCUUUGCCACCCUUGUUUUCCCUCUGAAAAUGUUGCCAGGGUCACAUGUUCAAGAUUUUUUUUUGUUUUUUUGUUUAUUAUUGUUUUCUUUUCUUUUUGCUUCUGUAUGUAAAUCACACAGGUUUGUCAAUUAGGAUUGCCCGUUACUUUUGGGAACCACAAUAGCUUUGCGGCUAUUAUUAAAGAAAAAUGGUUGAAGAAAAUGAAAAAGAAAAAAAUGAAAAAAAAACCUUUUCUUUUUGUUCUAAAGAAAUUCUCACAGAUUCACACAUGAACCAGUCAGAAAAAAUAAACAUUGUUAUUACUCAAGACCUCGAAACCAAAGCUGAUAAACCUGUGAAGGUUGCUUUAAAUUUUAUAGACUGAAAACUGUAUGUAAUCUAUAGAGCAAUAUCUGUUUGGUCAGUUAAGCUGCACUUUGUGUAUUUCUAAACAGCUUCAAGUCUGUCACGUUUAUUUGUACCAUAAUUAAUAAUAAACAGUUGUUUGACAUGAAA